AUGUCCGUUCCAUCUUGUGUGGAGAAUAAUGAUGCGUACAAUGCACGCAAGUUGGCAAUUCUCCCAGCACUUAUUAGCAUGAAGGGUUUGUUAAACCACCACAUAGCAUCAUUUGAUCAUCUGAUUAAUGUGGAGCUAAGAAGGAUCCUUCUUAAUGAAUCUAAUCGGGAAAUUAAAAGUAGUAUUGAUCCUGAUUUCUCUAUUCGGUACACUAAUAUACGUGUGUGUCCGCCACGCGAAAUCAUUGGAAAGGGACAGUUGCCAAAAUCAGUUUCCCCGCAUGAGUGCCGUACACGUGAUCUUACGUAUCGUGGAGACAUGAUUGUGGACGUGGAGUACACCAGCCGUGAUCGGUCAAAACGAUCCUGUGUGGAGACGGAUAUCAAAAUAGGCACAAUUCCCAUUAUGCUAAAAUCGAGUUCAUGUAAUUUAUAUGGUAAAAGUCGUGAAGAACUAAUUGCAAUGCGAGAGUGCCCACUUGACCCUGGUGGUUAUUUUGUUAUUAAAGGUGUAGAGAAGGUGUGUUUGGUGCAAGAACAGCAAAGCAAAAAUCGUGUUAUUAUUGAAGCAGAUGACAAUGGUAAUAUUGUGGCUCACGUUCAAAGUAAAACGCAUUAUUCAAUUUCAAAAUGUUCAGUCAUGUUUAAGAAGGGACGCAUUGUUAUGGUCCACCGAUCUUUCAAGGAGGAUAUUCCCAUUGUAAUUAUGCUAAAAGCUCUGGGAAUGGAAAGUGACCAACAAAUUGCACAACACAUUGGAACAACACCGGCCUUUCAAAGUGUAUUAUUUGCUUGUUUUGAACAAGCCGCAGCUUUAGGAGUAAAAACACAAGAUGACGCCUUACAAUUUAUUGGAGAAAGACGUAAAGAAACUACAUGGGAAGUUGAUGAUGCACAACAAAGACAUAUACAAAAAUCAAAGGCAGACAAUGCCGCAGAAUUUCUUGGUAACGUAUUAUUGUGCCAUAUAAGAGAAGGAGAAAUUCAGCGUGAUUGGAAUUUUCGCCACAAGGCACUUUAUGUUUGUUUUAUGGUAAGACGUAUGAUUGAAGCUAGUGUGGACUCUUCCUUGCUUGAUGAGCGUGAUUUUUACGGUAAUAAACGUUUUGAAACAACAGGAACACUUAUGGGCUUACUAUUUGAGGAUCUUUUAAAACAGUUUAAUCGUGUGGUGAAAACAGCUAUGGAUCAUCAAAUUUCAAAGAAGGAUACUAUUAAACCGUUUAAUGUGAAACAACUUAUGGAAAGUAAGAUGGAAGUUAUUCAAAAUGGAAUGCGUGUUGCAAUAAGUAGCGGUAGAUGGGAGUUAAAACGAUUUAAUAUGAGUCGUCAAGGCAUCACUCAGGUUCUCUCGCGUUUAUCAUACAUAGCUUGUAUUGGUAUGAUGACCCGUUUAGCAUCUUCUUUUGAAAAGAGUCGAAAGAUUAGUGGUCCACGUUCGUUACAACCAAGUCAAUGGGGAAUGGUUUGUCCAUGUGAUACACCAGAGGGAGAAAGUUGUGGUCUUGUUAAAAAUUUUGCAAAUCUCAGUCAAGUGACAUUAGAUAUGGAUGAUUCAUUUGUACGAUCAGCCGCUCACAACCUUGGAGUAGAGGAAGCAGACUGUAUCACCCCUAUGGAAUUCUUGUCAUAUUAUACUGUUUUCUUAAAUGGAAUACUAAUAGGUAUUCAUCGUUACCCCAAUCGCUUAUGUCGUGGUGUACGUGCAUUACGAAGAUCAGGGCGUCUGCAUCCUCACGUUUCUAUCGCCACAAAUGAUCGACAAAAAAGUGUUCAAAUAGGUUGUGAUGGUGGUAGGAUUGUUAGGUUGUACAUUAUUGUUAAUAAUGCAAAACCUGCAGUUACUUCGACUCACCUUGAUCAUUUAUCUUCUGGGAAAUGCACAAUUAAUGAUUUUUUAGCAGAAGGAUUGGUAGAAUUUAUUGAUGUUAAUGAGGCUAAUGACUGUCUUAUUGCCGUAUAUCCUAAAGAUAUUGAAAAAUACACAACACAUUUAGAAAUUGAGCCGCUUUCUCUUUUGGGAGUAGUUGCAGGUAUUAUUCCAUACCCACAUCACAAUCAAUCUGCACGAAACACUUUUCAAUCUGCUAUGGGUAAACAAGCGUUGGGAACUAUUGCUUAUAAUCAGUAUAUACGCUCUGACACUGUUCUUAUGUUAGGUGCCUAUCCACAGCGUCCACUUUGUCGAACAAAAGCAAUGAAUCUAACUAAUUACGAAAAAUUAGGUGCAGGUAUAAAUGCAAUGGUAUGUGUUAUGAGCUACAGUGGAUAUGAUAUUGAGGAUGCACAGGUAUACAACCGUUGUGCCCUUGACCGUGGGUAUGGUCGUUGUGUUGUUCUCAGAAAACACGAAGUAGACAUGGAACGCCUACCAAACGGAGAAUAUGAUGUUAUCCUUCCACCUGAUUCUAAUUUUGGAAAGUGUAAAGCACUUAACAGUGAUGGAAUUGCCAGUAAAGGUGCGAUUGUUCGUCAAUUUGAUAUUUUGGUAAACAAGUAUACUCCAGUGACAUCAUCUGAUCCAAGGCCGAAUCCGUUAGUGUAUAAGUAUCCUCAGCCUGCUGUAGUUGACCAUGUGAUAAUAACUCCACCAGGGGAUUCAGAGCGUUCGAUGGAUGUGGAGCAGAAAAUUAAAGUUGUUACAAGAGAAGUUCGUAUUCCAGAGCCAGGGGAUAAAUUUUCUUCAAGACAUGGUCAGAAGGGAGUUGUUGGGCUUAUAACGGAUGGUGUUAAUAUGCCUUUUAAUGAGAAAGGCAUAACCCCUGAUAUGAUUAUGAAUCCCCAUGGUUUUCCAAGUCGAAUGACAGUUGGAAAAUUAUUAGAAUUGGUAAGUUCAAAGGUAAGUGCUCUAACAGGAAUAUUUGGUGACGGUACGGCGUUUGGUGGUAAUAAAGCAGAAGAUAUGGGGAUCGAAUUAUUGAAGCAUGGCUUCAAUUAUCACGGUAAGGAUGUUUUUUACUCAGGUAUUACAGGUGAAAUGAUGCAAGCAUAUGUUUUUUUCGGACCCAUAUAUUAUCAACGUCUUAAACACAUGGUAACAGAUAAAAUGCACGCACGUGCUACCGGGCCUCGUUCAAUGUUAACUAGGCAACCAACAGAAGGUAGGUCCAGAAGCGGUGGUCUCCGUGUUGGUGAAAUGGAGAGAGACUGUAUGGUAGGUUAUGGGGCGUCAAAUCUUUUGAACGAACGGCUACUUCUUAGCUCGGAUUUGUUUACUGUUGACACAUGUCGGUCAUGUGGGUUUUUGGGAUAUUGUGGAUACUGUCCAUAUUGUAAUACGAAGAAUACAGUGUCUCAUGUUAAUGUGCCCUAUGCGUUUAAACUACUCUUACAGGAACUCCAAGGCAUGGGUAUAAGUAUAAGACUUUCGUUGGAUUUUGUCGGACAACAAUAA